AUGUGGGACCCUCGCGGCUCCUCGGUCAGAGGCAGGCAGCUCCUGCCCCGCCGUGUGUCGCCCUCCAUCCCCAUCGCUCCCCCUUUUCACGUCUCUCCGCCCUUCCAGGGCAACUCGUCCCCCCUCCCCCCUCUCCGCUCCUCUCCCUCCUUUCCAGCCCCCUCCCCGCCCCUGCGUCGCCUCUCCCCCCACUGCCCCCCACUGGUUGUGUCCCCCGUGACCCUCCACCACUCGUCCUCCUUCCCCUCACCUCCGGCCCGUCCCCACCUGCCCCCCCCCUCCCCCGUGCCAGACUCUGGAGGGGUGCUUUACGGCAGACGAGCGGACGCUGCUGGGCCCAGAGAGACUCUCCAGAGCGUCAUCGACAAGAAGGACGUGAAGAUCAGCCUGCUGGAGCGCUGCCUCCGGGACCUGGACGACAGGGUGAAGGGCCUGAGGUCCAGCGCGGCGAGGAGCAGCGAGGAGCGGGAGGAGGAGCUGAGGAAGGCGGAGGCCCUUCGUUCUCACUGCGCCUUCAUGAGGAGCCAGGUGAGGGCAGAGCCCAGGCUCUCGGCCUCCCAGGCCUCAGCUUCCCUCCCGCCUCAGGUGGAGCAGAUGAAGCGGCAGCUUGGACAGAAGGACGGCGAGAUCUUGUCCCUGAGGACCAAGCUGGACACCGUCAAGAACCAGCUGUCGGACAGCGGUCAGCAUGUGAAGGUGCUGAAGGAGUCCCUGAGGGCCAAAGAGCAGAGCGCGGACAUCCUGCAGAGCGAGGUGGAGUCUCUGCGUGCUCGUGUGGCGGAGAAAGACUCCCUGGUGUCCCAGAAGAACCAGCAGGUGAGUGCUCUGAUGGAAGAGAAGAUCAGUGGCCAGACAGAGUGCAGAGACUUGAAGGAUGUCAUGGAGAUGAAGGAGCGGAAGGUGGGAGUGUUGCUGAAGAAGCUGGAGAACAUGCAAGAUCAUCUGAGGGACAAAAACAAGCAGAUGGAUGUCAUGAGGGAGCAAGUCCAGAGCCUGCAGCUGGAGGCCUCCAAGUCUGACUCUGCUCUGACGGCACUAGAGGGCGCCCUGGCCGAGAAGGAGCGAAUGAUCCAGAAGAUGACGCAGCAGCAGGAGGCCAGCAAGGAGCUGGGCUGCGGGCUGAAGGUUGAGCUGACCUCCGCCCCGCCUGCGCCCCAGAUGGGACCCCAGCCUCCUGCUUGUCCUGCCUGUCUGGACUGGGAGAAGAAGCUCCACCAGCAGGAGAAGUUACAGGAGGAAGUCUCCAGACUGACGGAACUUCUGAGCCAGAGUGAGACGCAGAAGGGCAGUCUGGAGGACCAGGUCCAGCAGCUGGAGAGGCAGGUGAAGGAUCUGAUGGAGAAGCUGGACCGGCUGGACCAGAACUCCCUGAAGAUCCAGAUGGAGCAGCUGCUGGCCUCCAUGGAGAAGAUGAAGCAGGAGCUUCAGGUGGUGAGAGACAAGCUGGCGUCAGCACAGCUCUCACUGGCUGAGAAGGAGAACCACCUGACCAGACUGAGGCAGGAGAAAGAGAGGCGCUUGGAGGAAGUUCUGGCAAUCGAACAGGGGGCGCCGCUGAGCUCCAUCAGCGAGAGGCGUGAUCAGAUGGACAUGGCCAGGAGAGAGAAGGAGGACCUGCGCCUGCAGACCAGAGUGGAACCGCUGGCGCAGGAUGAAGACCACAAGAGCGGAGAUGAAGACCAGGCGUCCCCCGAACACGACGACGAGGACGGAAUCUGGGCCUGAGUCUGUCGCUUCCCAUCCCAGACACGCGCCAUCUGGUGGUGGAGUGGCGACAUUACCGCCGCCUCAGUGAAACCCUGAAGCCACUGAGGAGUAGUAACCAGUCAUAAGUACCUCUUUCUUCUUUGCAUGAAGUUCUGCCCUGGUCAUCAGCGUGUGGCCACUGACUACUACAAGCUCAGAUUGACUCCCUCCCGCUGCAGCUCCUGCUUCACACACACCCUCAGUUCAGGACUCUGACCUCUGACCCCCAACAAGAACCGGCGACAGCAGCAUGAAUAUAAAGGGCUUUACUCGCGACACACCGCUGAAGCACAGCUCUCGUGUUGGGGCGCAGGACCGGAGCCUGAGCCGCUCACGCGCACCGUCCCGCCCCGGACACGCUCGCAGAAGGUCCCGCCAUCGGACCAGGUUCAAGCCCCCGAGACUGAUCCGCUGCGGAGCCUGGCCUGCGCCCACCAGCGGGGUCAGGUGAGGCGUCGAUGACGGACGUGCAGAGAGGAUCUUUCUCGCAGCUUUCUCCUUAAACACGCUAGAUGAAUCACUCACGCAGACAACCAUGCCCCAUCCCGUUAGCAAAGUUAGCCAUGUCUGUGAACAAAGCAAACUGCUCCCCACAGGCUCCUCGUCUCCAUGAAGUUGAAAUAAAGUGUGUUGAUUCAACAAAGAAACGUUUAAUGGCCGAAGAUUCCGCUCAGAGAUCAACUGUUGCGCGUGUCGAUAUAAAACAGAACCUGCACCAUAGCGCCACCUGGUGGGACUACUCGGUAUCACAACGUCACCUCACAAAAGAAGUCACGUCCGAACCUUGCGCCCGACUCAGUUCCAACUCCUCAAAGACUUCCGGAAUAGCCUUUCAAAUUCAAUUAGAUAUGAGCCCAACAUUGGAGCCGAUCCAGUCCGUGAUCCGAACGCACAGCCUGACGUCCAGUGUGGCGGGUGCAGAGUGUCGGUCAGGUCGCAGCAGCCGGACGCGGUGAGGGACCACGAAGCUCAAGGCGGAUGAAGGUCAUGGCCGUGAGACGUCAGGGAGGCGGGAGAAGGAGGGAUUCGCCAGAGCUCGGACAUGUCAGACCGGUGCAGAGUCCGGCCUGCGUCUGGCCCACUCAAGCUCACAGCUGUCGGCGGCGUGACGCAGCUUCAUCUUCACGUCUGGCGGAGCGGCUCCAGAGGAGGUUUCCUCGCCCCCGCCCCUGCAUGU